UGGCGUGAUAUUCCCUACUUUCGAUUCGUUCAACAAAGUAAUAACGCCGGCAUCUCUCAGUGAACGGCGACGGCAUCGGGUAUCAUAUUACUUGUUAGUGAAUCAUGUCUUCUGUAGAAUGGCCAGCUAAAGAAAUUCACAUAUCAGCUCCGGGGAAAGUAAUACUUCACGGAGAGCAUGCCGUUGUUUACGGAAAGGCAGCAAUAGCUGCUUCUUUAAACGUGAGGUGUUUUCUGAAGCUUAAGGUGAUGUCAGAUUCAAAUAUUUCACUUUGCCUGCCUGAUGUAAACAUUAACACUCAGAUGUCAGUUUUAUCCAUUAAAGAACAGUUAGAAAACUUUAUGGAUGCUGGUUCAAUCAAGGACCCAUCAGGUGCAACAGAUGACAUAGUUCUAAAAAUUAAAAAGUUUGCUGGCAUUGAUCCUGAGAACAAAGAAACAAAAAAUUUGGCCAUUGUAGCUUUUCUUUAUUUAUAUAGCAAUAUUUUCCAUGAAAAAGGUGAAUAUCCAGCCAUGUCCAUUUCUAUGAAAUCUGAUCUGCCAGUUGGAGCAGGGCUUGGGUCAUCUGCUGCAUUCUCUGUAUCUUUGGCAGCAGCAUUUCUUGAGCUUGCAGGCUUUAUUGAAAGUCAAAAGCUAGAGGAUGAAGGGUUAUCAUGGAAACCAGAAGAUAAAACUGUCAUCAACAAAUGGGCUUUUAUUGGGGAAAAAAUUAUCCAUGGGCGACCCUCAGGCAUUGAUAAUGCUAUUAGCACAUAUGGUGGUGCUUUAAAGAUGCAAAGUGGAACCAUAACUGCAUUUGAAAAAAUGCCAACCUUAUCAGUGAUGCUAGUCAAUACACAAGUACCCAGAAGCACAAUGACAUUGGUGGCAGGGGUUCGGCAAAAACACAACUUGUAUCAAGAUAUAAUGGACCCAAUUUUAAAUGCUGUCGAAGCCAUUAGCAAGAGAGCUGAAGAUAUAUACAAGUCGUCUAUUAGCCCUGAACAUUAUAAAACACUUGGGGAACUAAUGGAGUUGAACCACAAUCUUCUCAAUGCUAUGGGAGUUGGGCAUCCAACGCUGGAUCAGAUUGUUGCCGUUACAAAGAAGCAUGGAUUCCAUUCCAAGUUGACUGGAGCCGGGGGUGGUGGUUGUGCCUUUGUUCUUGUCCCACCAAGCUCAUCUGAUGAUUCAAUAGAAAGUUUAAAGACUGAACUCACUGACUUAGGAUAUCAAGUGUGGAAAAAAAUUUCUGUUGGUGGUCCUGGCGUUUUAAGAGAAUUGUGAUGAGAUAUUUAAAAACAAAUGACGUUUACUUUUUAGGGUAUUUAUUUUUUAAAUAUAUUGAACUGCAUUUUAUUUUGUUAUUUUUUUAAAUUAACUGUUACUACAAAUGUACAAAGUAUUUAUUUGUUUUAAAACAUUUACAUGAUUUUUGAAAAAGUUGAUUUGUUUUUUGGUUUUUUUUCAUAAUGUAUGCAUGUUUUGCUGAAUUGGGACAUAAAUAUAGUUAAUAUAUGCAAAUCAAUUUUUGUAUUGACUACCGAUUACAAAAUACAC